AUGGCCGAUGAUAGUACGUCGAGUAUUCAAGCAGCGACAGACACUCCUAUCGCUCCAGUUGCCAUCUUUAAAAAACGAGGCGCAAAGGGGAAAGCCAAUAUCCGAAAACGCCCAGCGACACCGCCGCCUGCCGAUAGCGACAGUGACGAUUACACAUCAUCUGAAGAUGAAUCAGGACAACGGGUCAAACGAAGGAAGAAGAAUACCGCAGUAGUGACAGCUUCAUCCAAAGAUAACGUAUCACGAACCGACCGAAAUCACGGCGCCACCGUCUUCGAAGCCGACCGCAGUGUACCUAUCACAAGCACAAACGAUGCUACAAAACAAACGAAUUGGUUUGAUGAAGACGCAAAUCUGCUAGGAAAGACGCGACCUCUCCCUAAAUCCAAAGAUGCAGCAGCAGAUCCUUCUAUACAACCGGAUGGUACCUACAAAGGCCUCGCCAACCAAACCAAAUUCAUACAGAAGAAUCCGAAUGCGCCCAAUCGGACGGUUGGGCCUAUUAAGGCUGCCACCAAUAUCAGGACCAUCACAGUUACCGACUUCGCGCCCGAUGUAUGCAAAGACUACAAGCAGACAGGCUUCUGUGGUUUUGGAGAUAACUGCAAGUUCCUGCAUGCUCGUGAGGACUACAAACAAGGCUGGCAGCUAGAUAAAGAGUGGGAAAACGUAAAUAAGGGGAAGAAGAACCCGGGUGGAAAAGUAAUGGCCAGCGCCAAUCGCGGCGCAAAUGCCGACGAAGGUGACGUUGACGCAGCCGAAGAAGCUUUACUGGAGAAGAUACCGUUCGCCUGUAUCAUCUGCAAGGGGCCGUAUAAAGAGCCUAUUGUGACUAGAUGUCAACACUACUUCUGCUUGCCGUGCGCAUUACAGAGGUAUAGAAAAGAUCCGAGCUGUGCUGCCUGCGGCGCGGGUACGGGAGGUGUUUUCAAUACUGCGAAGACGCUAGCCAAAUUAUUAGAGAAGAAAAAGGAACGACAAACGAAAAAGCGACAGAAAGCUAUUGAAGCAGGAGAAGACGUAUCCGACGAGGAAGAGGUGCCGGGGAAGUAA